AUGUCGAAGUCAGGCUCGAGGACCAGCAGGCACUGGAGCUGGUGCUGGUGCGGCCUUCCAGCCAUCGCCACAUUUGACCGCACCUCACUCUCGCCGCAGGCCAUCAACCAGUUUGGGCGGCUGAACACGCGGAUGCACGAGCUCGAGGACGAGAUCAAGGAGAAGCGCUCGCAGCACGACCAGCUAGACGACGCGGCCAACGAGCUCAUCCUUGCGGACGACGACGAGCCUGUGCGGUGCGCCACUGUGGCCGCACGACUCACCUCGGCUCCGAGGCAAGCAUCCCACGAGUUGCUCGAGUCGCGCAAGGACGCGGUGGCCGACGAGAUCUCGGAGCUCGAGAGCCAACUCGGCACGAUCCGGCAGACGCUCGCCGGACUCAAAAAGCAGCUAUACGCACGCUUCGGAGGCAACAUCAACUUGGAAGAAAACUGA